AUGGCUGACCUCCUUCAGGACUGGAUGACGAGCGAGACUUGGAAAGACGUAGCUCUGCUGGCGCUCCUUGGCCCGUUUGACUCUGAGCAGGCGUACGAAGCCUCUCUGCGUUUGAUCAACCUGUAUCGGUUGCAGAAAGCUAGCAAGAAGAGCUCUAUCGCUCCUCCCAAAUGCUUCACAUGCGAUGAAGGGCCCCUCCGCACGCUCUUUCUCUCCUUGCACAAGGUUUACAUCGGCUGCCUAGAGGCCGGACACAUGAAGGAGUUCGCAGAGGCGAACAAAGCUCACAUUGCUGUUGACGUCGCACGUGGAGAGCUCUUCUGCUUUGCUUGCAAGAACUACUCCUCUGGUAGCAAUGGCGAGAAAUCCAAGGAUCAGCAGGAGGGAGCGCCCCAGGCGGAGUCGAGCAAGACUGAUUCUCACCUCGCGCACAAGGAAGCGACAGGCAGAGCUCAGGACUUGCUGCUUCCUCGUCGGCGAGUGUGGAUCCCCUCGGACUACGAGGCGAGCACGCCUCUUGGACCCGAGCCACGUCUGAUGAGCCUGCAGGUUGACCUCCUCAAGGAGCACGCUCGCAGCUCGAGCAGCAGCCAAGGGGUCGCGGGGCUCAAGGGCUUUCACAACGCGCUAGUGCACAACCCCGGGGUGAGAGAUUACUUCUUGGGCGACUACCACAACCGCUUCCGAUGCUUGAAGAAGAGGGAGGGGGAAGGACGGCAGGAACAAGUGUGCAUGGGCUGCGAGAUGGACAGAUUGCUCAACGACUUCUUUCAGUGCGGCAAGUCAGCCUACACUCCACAUCAGUUCCUCUACAACAUGUGGCGAUCAAGUCAGCACCUAGCUGGGUACGAGCAGCAAGACGCGCACGAGUGCUUCAUCUCUGUCCUCGACGCUCUUCACAACUCCUGCGCCAACGACGUCACCGGGGAGCAGGGGGCGAUGCAGAAUCUUUUCCGUGGGAGGAUGCGAUCGGAUGUGACGUGCAUGUGCUGUAAGACUUCCUCCAUCACCAGGGAUCCUUUCCUUGACAUUUCCCUCGAGCUGCGCACGCUCUCUCCGAUCAAGGCGCCGAGUGAGAAUGGCAGCCUCUGUCCCCUGGUCCAGGGGAUGUUCAACGGUGCAGACGCUGACAGCUCGUCGGGCCAUGGCGACUCCUCGUCCUCCUCUGCGGGCGACAAGAGACCAGCCGACCUGAUCUCGGACGAGAGCGGGGAUACUGUUUCUCUGUCCGAGUGUCUGGAGUGGUUCACGAGGGUGGAGCAGCUAGACGCGCAGUCCUACAGGUGUGAGAGCUGCAAGGGAUACCAGCCGGGAAUCAAGCAGCUGUCCAUCGAGCAGCUUGCGCCGAGCCUGUGCAUCCAGAUUAAGCGCUUUGAGUCCCAACGAGGAGGAGCAGGGGGCCAGCAGAGUUUCAAAGUUGAUACUCAUGUUACAUUUCCCCUGCGACUCAACAUGUCGCCUUACAUGUCAAAGCAAGUGUUCAGAGGCAGCGAGGAGAAGGCAAAAGAGGAGGAGAAAGGGAAGGCGGAGGCGGAGACAGAGAGCUGCGUCUAUCACCUGUAUGCGGAGGGAUCGAGGUAG